AAGAAGAAUAAAAGAAAAGCACAAAGCUCUAAGCCUAUGGCGGCUUAGCUUCCUCACUCUUCAAAGCUUUCCUUUUGACUUUAUUUUUUUUAACGGAAAUUUGAACGAUUGAAAGAUGGGGGAAGGAGAAACGGUUUCGUAUUUCACACCGAAGAAAUUGGCGAGGCAACUAGAUUUCACGGCGGGGUGUCGCGCGUCGGGAAAUGCGAAGUCACCGGAUCACCAGAUGCAUUUACAGUCGCAGCCUCAACCGGAAUGGCAAUCACAAACGACGUUGCCAACGAAGCCACAUCAUCAACCGCAGGAACUGCAAUUGAUGUUAAGUUUACAGCCGCAAACGGUGCAGUCGCAGCCGCUGCCACAACUAAAACCUCAGUUACCGUCAACGCCACGAGUUCAAACACGGCGGCCGCCUUCGCAGUCGGUUACCCUCAUGCAACGGGUGCCUCAUCCAGUUCAGAAGCUUCCGAUGCAAACAUUUCAAUUGAGCAAGCAAGAGUCUCCAAGGUCCAGACCACGAGCACAUGCUGAAGCAAAAGAUGGAACACCAAAGAAACAGAAGCAGUGUAAUUGCAAGAAUUCUCGGUGCUUGAAGUUGUACUGUGAGUGCUUUGCUUCUGGAAUUUAUUGUAAUGGUUGCAAUUGCGUAAAUUGCCAUAACAAUGUGGAGAAUGAGGCAGCAAGGCAAGAAGCAGUUGUAGCAACCUUAGAACGCAAUCCAAAUGCAUUUAGACCGAAGAUUGCCAGCAGUCCCCACAAACCUCAGGAUACAAGGGACGAUGCACAUAAUGUCCAAACGGUCGGAAAGCACAAUAAAGGAUGUCAUUGCAAGAAAUCUGGUUGUCUCAAGAAGUAUUGUGAGUGCUUCCAAGCUAAUAUUUUAUGCUCUGAAAAUUGCAAGUGCAUGGACUGCAAGAACUUCGACGGAAGUGAAGAAAGAAGAGCUCUCGUUCAUGGUGACCAUAAUUCAAUAGCUUAUGUACAGCAGGCUGCAUAUGCAGCCAUUAGUGGUGCUGUUGGUUCAUCUGGCUUUGGGAUUCCUUUGGCAUCCAAGAAGAGAAAAAGUGAAGAACUCAUAUUUGGUCUAGCGGUGAAAAAUCAAUCAAUUCAAAAAAUUGUUCAACAGCAACAGGAAAAUCAUCUAAGAGAUUUCUUGGCCACAUCUUCUCCAUUAUCUGUUCCUGCCUCUGGCAUUGCUAAUACAGCGUCAUUAGGAUCUUCAAAAUUCACAUACAAAUCACCAUUGGCAAACAUCCUCCAACCACAGGAUGUCAAGGAGCUGUGCUCUCUUUUUGUGUUAUUUUCAUCAGAAGCUGGAAAGGCAAUUGCUGCAGGUACUAAUUAUUAUUCAUAAAUCCUGAAGUUCUUGUUCUUUUCCUUGCAGUAUC